AAUGGAUAAUAACAAAUUCUCUUUACAUUUCCGAAAAUAUCUGCAGCAGAUUCAUCAAAACAAAAGUGGGCCUUACCACUCUAAAUGGGCUUGAAAGUUGAAACGCAGGCCCAAAAUAGUCCUCAUUAGUCAUUACCCCCUGCGCACCAUCACAGUUUCUGAUUCCGAGUGCAACUAACUCGUCGUCGCCAUGAGAAUCUACGAGGAGUUGAAAGAGAUAGUGAAGAUUCAGAAGUUCCGAAGAUUGGUGUCGUACACUGGUUUCUACUGCUUCGCUACGCUUGUAAGCUACUUUUAUGUCAACAAUACGACUAGGGCUGGUUACUCCAGAGCCGAUCAAUUCUACGCGUCGUAUCCCGCUAGUACCGAGCUUUUAACGGACUCUUCCAAGUUAUACAAAGCUGCUCUUGGAAACUGCUUCGAAGCUGAAGAGUGGGGUCCUUUUGAGUUCUGCAUCAUGGCAAAACACUUCGAGCGUCAAGGGAAGUCGCCAUAUGCAUAUCAUGCGCAAUAUAUGGCGCACCUCCUUUCUCUUGGACAGCUUGAUGGAAGUGGUUGAUGCGAGUAAUUAACUCAUAAACUAUGAUGUACUGUGACAGAGUAUAAAGCAAUAUAUGAAGACGUGUAAAGCCAAAUGAGAAAAACUCGAGGUUUGAAUAGUUGUCGAUAUUUGAACUGCUGUGUAUUUUAGGAAUAAGGAACAAAAUAUUUGGAGCAUUUUGUCAUUUUUCUUUUUGUAGGGCAACAAAAAUGCUCAGAUUUCUUCCUUCUCUUCUUUGAUGUUUACAACCCAGUCAGUCUCAACUCUCAAGUAAAAUAAAAUAACCAUUAUUCUAUGUUAGUGAAUGAUCAAAUGACUUUCAAAUUAA